AGGAAGAGGUUUUCCUUGUAUGGCACGUCGUUUUGGGGGACCUAUUUAUUUCUCUAUAAAUACUUGGCCUUUUCCCACCUCCAAUUACUUCUCUUCCUAAUUAAUUUCCUUUCGUUUUUCCUUAAUUUCCUUCUUAAUUUUCCAUUUCAUCUAUACUCCAUUCUUAGGGUUUUCUCAUUUCUUGAUAAUCUACACUGGUUUUUCUGGAUUCAUGGUUUGCACAUUCACAUUUUCUUGAGCUCUUUCAACCAGGUAGAAAGCACAGAGGCCUUAACUAGUAUCAAAAUUCUGAGCCAAAAGUGUUUUGUUCCCUAAAUGCAGUGCAGUGCGCCUCUGGAAAUGAGAUUUCAGGAAGCCUGUGAUUGAUGGACAGCAUAUGCAGCAGCAGCAAGAAGAAAAAGUUAAAGAGGUGGUUUUUCGUUGACAAAAGGGUGGGAUAGAAAGAUUAGCGAAAGCUUCUUCUAUUCUUACGGAUACUUCACUGAUAAACAAGUCUAGAUUUCGGAUCCAUUCAAAUUAUUGCCUUAUUCACAAUCGGGAGCCUUCAAUCUCCACUAGCGUGCUAAUGAUUCCGAGAAAGAAGCCAGGGAAGAUUGAUGAUGUUCGUUCUAAUGGUUGGCUUGAUGCAAUGAAGUCUUCUUCGCCUCCUAGUAAGAAGGUUCAAAAGGAAGUAGACGUCAAGGAUUAUUCAGAUGAUAGUGAUAUUGUUUACUGCUCUUGGAUGUUCAAGUAUCCAUCAGCUCUUAACUCCUUUCAGCAAAUUGUUAGCCAUGCAAAGAAUAAACAGAUUGUUAUCUUUUUAGACUACGAUGGGACUCUUUCCCCAAUUGUAGAUGACCCUGACCGUGCUUUUAUCUCCGCUGAUAUGCGUUCAGCUGUCAGGGAUGUUGCCAAGUAUUUCCCUACAGCCAUCAUCAGUGGAAGAAGCCGUGAUAAGGUUUAUCAAUUGGUAGGACUGACUGAACUCUCUUAUGCUGGUAGUCAUGGUAUGGACAUUAUGCUUCCAAUCAGAAAUGAUUUGUGCCGUAAUGAUUCACUUAUUAAAUCCAUUGACCAGCAGGGCAAGGAAGUUAAUCUAUUCCAGCCUGCUCGUGAAUUCUUGCCUAUGAUUGACGAGGUUUUUAGAACCCUUGUCGAUAAAACUAAAGAAGUAAAAGGCGUGAAAGUUGAGAACCACAAGUUUUGUGCCUCUGUACAUUACCGUAACGUAGAUGAGAAUAGUUGGCCAGUCGUUGCACAAUGCGUCCACGACGUCUUGAAAGAAUACCCUCGACUACGACAAACUCAUGGCCGGAAGGUUUUAGAGGUCCGUCCUGUAAUAGACUGGGACAAAGGAAAAGCAGUUGAGUUUCUGCUUGAAUCACUAGGUUUUCGAAAUAGCCAUAAUGUGCUCCCUAUUUAUAUUGGAGAUGAUAGAACAGACGAAGAUGCAUUCAAGGUUUUGAGGGGGAGAUAUCAAGGUUAUGGGAUUCUUGUUUCGGCUGUCCCAAAAGAGAGUAAUGCUAUCUUCUCUCUCAGGGAUACCUCAGAGGUCAAAGAAUUCUUGAAAUCUCUUGCAAAAAAUAUGGAAAAUCAAGAAAAUUAAAAUAAAAGGAGGGUGAGGGAAGCAGAAGGGAUACUAUAGAUAAGAAACACUACAUUAGGUUUCUGGAGUUUUAUGAAUAAACUGAAGCCAUUUCUUUACCAUUCUUCCGGUAUAUCUGUAUGGGCCAAAAAUUACCAUACUUAUGUGCGAGCCUAAUCGAUAUUAAGAAAGCCUUUGGAGGCCGCCAUAUGUUACCAAUUUGGUUUCAACGAAGGAUGAAGGCGAGGUCGAGGAGUCAACAGAGUUCGAGGUCGAGGACGAGUACUCCCCUUAAUAGAGCAGUAACCGCUAGUUUUAGAAAUAAGACUUUAAAGAGAAUAUUUCAGUGAAUAUUCCUGGACUAUAUACUAUUAGUGUUUUGUGGUUCAUGCUACCUUAUAAAUAGAAAGAUAUGUAGUUAUAGAGGGUGAUUGGACACUCAUUGUAAGAAACAAGAUAUUGACAUUUUCUGAAGAUUCUUGCUUUAUUACAUAUAUAUACAAAAUAUACCUUUUCUUUAAA